AUGGGAGUUACCGCUGAAUUAAGAGUUGCCGUCAUUGGCUGCGGAACACUGGGGACUGCAAUUGCUGCCGGUCUUCUCAGUCCAAAAGAACCGACUGAACUCAGAGUCAAGCAUCUUACGGCCACGGUUAGAACCGAACUUUCAAAACGGCGCGUUGAAGAUGCCUUAUCCCAACACUCGUCACAACUCACAGUCCUUACCGAGGAGGAAAAUGUCCGCGCAGUGCGAGAGGCAGAUUUGCCUGGCCUCGGCGAAGACGCUGCCUCAAACAGUGGACGCGCGCUUCAAUGUGUGCGUGCAAUGCCCAAUAUGGCGGCCAAGAUCCGAGAGGCUGUGACACUGUACACAGCUGGCCCCGGCACCUCGAACGAGAAUCUCGAGAUUGCGUCCUGGGUAUUCAGUCAGGUUGGGGAGGCUCAUAGAAUCCCCGAAAGCUCUUUUGACAUCUGUGCUGUUCUAGUUGGUUGUGCCGGCUCCCUGCUGCUCCUUGCGAUUGAUGGGCUACUAGAUGCUGCCGUUGCGGAGGGCGUGAAGAGACCGGAGGUGCAAAACCUGGUGGUAAACAGUGCAAUUGGGAUGAUGAAGCUGGUACCUGCUGGCGAUCACCCUAGUGUUCUGCGAGAGAAGAUUGCUUCUCCCGGAGGUUGCUCGAUCCGAGCUCUUCUGGAGUUGGAAAGGCUGGGUGUUCGCGCGGCGUUCACGACUGCCAUCAUGGCGGCAGCGGAGAAGUCUAAACGCAUUUGGGGCUGGAAUGGUAAUUUGACAACUUUCUUAGGCCAUAUCGGCAGAGCUCUACUUGGAGUUCUACUUCCAUGGGUCGCCCGACCUGGCAGUCCAAUUUCUGAGGUCACCGUUGCUCUUAGGCGUAAAGAAUCGGAAGCCCGACUUCGCGACCUGUGCCGCAGCAGUCAGGCACCAGUGAACAUUAUUUCCAACCAAAAUAUCAAUGCCGUCAAGAACGCAGACGCCAUUCUUUUGGCCUUCCCCCCGGAACAGAUACGUAAGGUUCUUGAGCCGGUCGAAAUGCGACGAGCCUUAAGAGACAAAAUUAUCAUCAGCAUUCUCGCGAGAACACCUCAAGGCAAACUAAAACAACUAAUCGGAGGAAAUGACAAGACAACUGGCCUGGUGACGAAAGACAUCCGACUCGUUCGUGCAAUGCCAACCAUGGGAACCGAAGUUCAGGAAUCGGCGACUCUCAUCGGCAACCCCAGCAACCCUGCGGAGAAAGAGGCUAUGGAAUUGGCGAUGUGGAUGUUCAAUUUGGUCGGGAAGGUCUUUAAAGUCUCACCGGAUUAUUUUGACACCGCAACUGGUAUGAGUGCAUUUUGCAACGCGCUCACGACUGUAGCAUUACAAACCAUCACGCAAAAAGCUGCUGCUGAAGGUAUUCCAUUGGAGAAUGCCGUUGCUAUCGCUUCCCAGUGCAUUCGAGGAAUGGUGAGCAUGGCUUUGUCCGGAGCCAGUCCGGGGCAAUUGGAGCAUUCAUUAUCCGCACCAGGGAGCAUAACUGGGCAGGCGAUAGCUGGGCUCAGAGAUGGCCAGCUGUCGACUCUUCUUGAAUCUUCACUUUCCGCAGCUAUUGUGAGGGCAAGAGAUGAGCAUUCAUAG